AUAUCUAGCGAUGAGGUCCGAGACAUUAUCUGGGACAAUAAAGAGCCCAAGGCCAAAUAGCAGUGUUUCAAGUUACAAUUCCGGCAGGAACUCAAAACAGUCGCUUCUAAGGUCCUAUGACCUCAAAACGUUUGAACGGCAAACACUGAUGACGCCACAAGGCUUCAAAACAGUGAAGAUAUACGCAGCUUCUGAUGAUGGAAAUAAUUCCAUGAAGAAAUACAGGCAGAGGCCAAGAACAGCUAUCGGCAUUAUGAGUUCAAAAGACGAAGAUAAGCUGAAAAAGACCAGCGAGAGAGUUCUUCAGCGAGCUUCAAGUGCCAACAUUCUUCGUUCCCAAACAAACAACCAUUCUCAACUGGAUGAAAUCCGCCCCAAAACUGCAAUGUCAAGAUCAUCAAGCGCCAGUUCAAGUCAAAGCUCAAGUAGCAGGCAAGUGAUUUACAACAAUCGCCACUCCAUGUGCACUCCACCUAACCUCUAUUUACACGACGACCUUCGAUUGACAGCACGAAGUCAACGGCCAAUUUCGGCCCCAAGAGAAUGCGAUGAAUGCAGUUCGGUCGAGCGUUACAACACUGUUCAAAGGAGACGACGCGCUAAAUCAGCUGAUGCCGUAGAACGAUUUGGAACACGCGUCGAGUGCCCAAAAUUUGUACGUGGAAAUCCUUUUUUGACAAACGACGAGCUAGAUGCUGGACAAAAACAGUACAUAUGGGGAAUGGCUCGGGUUUACUCAGUGGACAAAUUGAAGUCACUGCGACAGAGACAUUACCAGUCAAUUCUGAAUUACGAAUACAUCAAAAGAGUGAUGACGAAAGGAGUUGAAGAGAAAGACAGAGUGAAGCUUGGGAAAGAAUAUGCAGAGUACCAGAAGGUGAUCAACAGGUUUGGCAAGGACCCGGCUAGGCUGAAAAGUGUGCAGUUUCCCUCACGAUACGCUGCUCCGCAUUGCCAUGCUAAAAAGCACCGCGUAACUGGGUGGACAACGGAAUUUACUGACGUCAGUACACAAAGCACAGAAAGCGAAGAGAACAUUGAUGAAGAUUCGUUUAUCUAUUCAGACGACGGGAGUGGAGCAACUGCGGAUGAAAGCCAAGCAAUGGGUGAAGAGAAACUUUAUCCAGAAACGCAUCGCGGGAAGGAAAGACCAAAGUCCUCCAAAUACCGCAUUAGAAAGCCCGCACCGUCACCAAAUAAUCAAAAAACCUCGAUGGUAACAGAAAAUAUGCAAAUUGAAGAAACAUUAUCAAGAGAAGUAAAUGACAAACUUAUAAUCAGCCAUCAAGACGAAAAUUUCAUCUGAAGAACAGCGACAGAUUGUUUUGCAGAUCCAGAGAAUAUUAUAGAAACCGUGAAGUCUAGUGAAUCUUGAACAGAUGCUCAAGGUAUAAAUAAUUGCUAAUUAUAUUCUUGUAGAAUGUUAUUUCAGAAUUACCGAGUAGAAUUAUCUGACAGGCAGAAUAACGGUAACAUAGUACUGAUUCGGAGUCGCUCUAGAAAAACCUUUUUCUAUGUGCGAAAAGGUGAUUACAAAGUGUCAGUUAUGGCUAAAACUAUUUUCGUAAAAUUGAUUGUGUAGAUAGAAAAUUUAUUCAAUGAUUAAAGAAUUAUUCAACGAUUAGUAUUAGAUAUUGAAUCGUGAA